AUGGCAACGACACGAGUCAUCAAGCUCCCGCGGGAUGAUGAUGAAUCGGCCCAUGUCCUUAUUCAAGUCGUCUCAAAGGGCUCCAAACCAUUGGAUGUAAAGCUCGUUGGAACAGAGGGUGAAGCGCCCUAUGUGGCAUCUUUGAAACAUGAUCGAUUGUCUUCACUUCAAGUUCCAAAUUGUCCCGUCUCCGAGUCAGAAUGGCAAUCAAUUCUGCAAUCUCUAUUUGCGCUACAGCUUGUUGCAGAUAUUCAAGCAACAGCCAGUGUCAAGUCUGAAACCUCUUUAUCUAUCACAAUUCGCAAGAGAGUCCAAGGCAUUACUCAACGACUCGGCUAUAUAGAGUUAAAGCAUGAUGGAGAUGAGAGUAUAGAGCUUUUUGACUGGUGUGCCGAAUCAAUCGACGCAUUGGUACGGAGUAACGCGGCCUUGGCUGAAGCAGCCGCUCAUGCUAAGGAGCUUGAAACCACCGUGACGGAGCUAAAGGCGCAGCUGGACGAGCUCGUCACGUCAAAACAAGAAGAUGAAACAGCCCUUCUUCAGAAGUUCCGAGACCUUCUCAACGAAAAGAAAGUCAGAAUCCGCGAGCAGCAAAAAGUUAUUGCCGCCGGCUCGUUUCCAAAUAGUCAGCCAGUAUCUCAACGGGUUUCUCAAACAUCAGAGCCCCAGCCAUCUCGCACACCCGCCGCAUCUCGGCCUAGAAAGAGAAAAGUCCAGGCUGCGGCGUCUUCCUCAAAAGAGCAACACAAUGAUGAAAUGGAAGUGGAUAAGAUCAAGUCUGAGCCUGAAGAUAGCGAACCAGAGAAUACCCCCGAGGAAUCUGCAGACGACACUGCGUCUGGCGAUAGUGAUGAAGAUGAUAAUGGUGAUGAAGAUAAUAGAAGCGCCGACAAUUCUGAGGCUGGAGCUGAUAAUGUUUCCAAACCGGCGCUUAAAGCACCUCCCAAAAAGGCUAAUGAAAACCCGCCUCCUCCAAGGAGCCUCCCUUUUGCAAAGAAAAAGGCGCCGGCCAAACCUGCUGCAACGGGGCAUGAGACAGACUCUGAUGAUGAACUGUGA